AUGGUCUUCUUCGACGUGACGUCGUUAUUCACAUCUAUCCCACCAAACGUGGCCCGCGAAGUUUUGCGCAAGAGACUUGAAGAGGCGUACGAUGAGACUCAGAAUGCCCUCAAAAUUGAACACCUCAUGAGGCUGUUUGAAUUCUGCCAACAAACUUUCUUCACUUUUGCGGGAGAGACCUAUGAACAAAUCAAGGGAACCCCAAUGGGCUCACCGGUCUCCGGUUUGGUGGCAGAACUGGUCCUACAAGAGUUGGAAAAGAUUGCCUUCCUCCAACAUGAACCGGUGUUUUGGCGACGUUACGUUGACGACACGUUCGUCAUCGUAAAGAAGGACAUGCUGCAACAUUUUCACAGCCUGCUCAACGCAGUCUUCCCGGAUAUAAAAUUCACGAGAGAAGAAGAACAGGAGCAUCAGUUGCCCUUCCUGGAUGUGCUCGUCAGACGAAACCUUAACGGUGAACUUGAAACGACGGUUUAUAGGAAGGCAACGAACACCACACAGCUUCUCAGUUUUCACAGCAACCAUCCGGUGGCUCACAAACGAAGCUGUGUGAAGACGCUCUUCAAACGGAUCCAAACUCAUUGCAGCAAACUGGAAGAUAGAGCGCGUGAGGCCCGUUAUCUCCGCGACCAGUUUGUCCAAAAUGGCUAUCCGAGGGCAUUCAUAAGUCGCUGCCUACGCGGUCGCCACCAGAGAACUUGA